AUGGGCCUCUGUCGGUGGCAAAUAUGGUUGUACAUUUAUUUGUUGAGCCGCGGCGGAAAUAACGCCGCCAAAUGCAUUGGCACAGACACAAAAAUCGCAAACACUCAAUCUCACCACAAUAGCGACGUUUUACCACUAACUGGUCAGUCUUUACCAAACGACUUUGAAUACCAACUGCUCGAACUGGACGUCAAGGUCAAGCACACUGAUCAAUAUGUAACUUAUAAAAAGAACCCUAGGACUGAGCGGGAGAAGUACACUUCCAAACCUGGGUAUUUGUUCUGCAGAAUCGUCAAAGGUGAUCAACUCAUUGCCCAGGUGGAAAAUGAGCGAUAUUUUGACAGAGUAAUUCUGUACAAGGACCAAUCGGGCAAUCGGAACAUGAGAUGCCUCUUCCCGGGCGACACCGAUAAUGAAGAUCCUGAUGAGCCUUUACCCUCUAUUGAAAGUGACUCUUCUGAUAAUCAAAUGGCCUUGGUCGACAUCAGUAACCAAUUUAGCACCGACCAAGUUCAGUACAUAUACAACCACUCGAACCAAUCCUACACCUUCACUGCCAAGCACGGUUAUGUCAUAUCCAGGGUUACCAAAGGUGACAGGUUGCUCUGGGACUCUAGGGACUACUGCAACGUGUGCGCCAUUAGCGUUUACGUGGGCUUGAAUGAAGCGGGCGAAAAGGUCUUUAGAGUUUACUUCCCAGGCCAGCCGCCCAAGUUUUCGCCUCAAGUUCCAGAUUUAAAGCUCAAGCCUAACGAAAUAGUGCUAGAUGUGCUCGAAUUUUUAACCCGAAAGUUCGAUCCUGACAAAUCUCCCCAACGGACCAAGUACAACGUACGAAGGCUGUUCAACGACCUCGACUACGAGAUUAUGCCUAACAUUCGGUGUGUUAGGGUCACCUGCGGUAACCUCAGGGUCUGGGACAAAGGUGAGCGUGGAAUAAUUUACCCUAAGUCCGUUACCUACACUACUGACUUAAACCAGGUUGUCGUACGUAAUGCGAAGAAGGGGGUCAUUUACCAGAUCAUCAAAGGCAGGAUGUACUACGUUUCGACUUCGGAAUACUCAGAUUUUGAUAAGCCUGACCGUUUUGCCGAUUAUUAUCCCUACGACGAGACCGAUCAGUGGCACAAUUACCGAUUGUUAGACCCUGAAGAAAAGCACAUUACAAAAGAGGAUCAGUGUCCUGAAAACGUGUUAAAUCACAGCUUGACAUUAUGUUUUCCAAUGCUCGCAUUUAAACUGGGGGCCGUUAUGGCCCCCGACUCGUACCCUUAA